GGGCGCUUCCGGUGUAGGCCUCACUUCCGGCCGGGGGAGGAAAGAAACCUGCGCCGUCCGGGAAGAGCGGCGGCUGCGGCCCCUUCCGGAUUCAGCUUCCCACAGACUUCCUAACUGGAAGCAAAAAAUGGCCAGCAAAGGACCUGCGGCUUCAGCUUCCACAGAAAGUUCCAGUGCUGGUGGGACCAGUGGGAAUAGCAGCAACGGAGACAGUACUGGUCAGGACAGCACAUUCGAAUGCAACAUCUGUUUGGACACCGCCAAGGAUGCUGUGAUCAGUCUGUGUGGCCACCUCUUCUGUUGGCCUUGUUUACACCAGUGGCUGGAGACCAGGCCAAACAGACAGGUGUGUCCUGUAUGCAAAGCAGGAAUCAGCCGUGAUAAAGUUAUACCACUUUAUGGAAGGGGCAGCACCGGACAGCAGGACCCCAGGGAGAAAACGCCACCUCGACCUCAAGGCCAGAGACCCGAGCCAGAAAAUAGAGGGGGUUUCCAGGGUUUUGGGUUUGGUGAUGGAGGCUUCCAAAUGUCAUUUGGAAUUGGAGCGUUUCCGUUUGGCAUAUUUGCUACAGCCUUCAAUAUAAAUGAUGGCCGCCCCCCUCCAGCUGUCCCAGGGACUCCUCAGUAUGUGGACGAGCAGUUUCUCUCUCGCCUCUUCCUGUUCGUGGCCCUCGUCAUCAUGUUCUGGCUCCUGAUAGCUUAACUUUGCUCCAUACCUUGCAGAACUCUGAACCGGCCACAGACUGCUGCUUGUCUCCCUGUCUGCCUCUCGGUGUCCAAUUCUUCAGCUACUGAUGGGCUCCUAAAAGCCACUGGUGUCUUUGUGAGACGGAGUCUCUCUUAUUUUUCCAGAACUAUGGUGUUAAUGUUUUUGGAAGUUCUCUGAAGCUCAGCUGUAUCUCACACAGCCAGGAUCUGGCUGGAACUGCAACCCUAGCUUUGAGCUCUGUAUCUCAGUGAGGAGUGUUUGAAUCUUGUGCCAAAUAUCUGGAAGAGAUGCUGCUCCAAAGGGAAUUGGGCAUGGUGGCUGGCAAUGGAACCUCUUGUCACACCCCCCACUAUCUUGUGUCUCGAGCAGUGAGAGGAAGGAGACCAGGGGACUUCAGAACCCAACUGUACAUCUUGCUCAAAAGCCAACUGACUCCAAGUAAUAUCUUCUAUAAAUAAGACAUCUGGCUGAAGAGGAUUGUGUCCCAUUCCUGCUGUUACAUACCCAAGUGAUAAAAGACCAUCUUUGUUUUUCCAGCAAUCACAAAAAUGAAAGGAUAAAAGACUUUUUAAUCUAAAACGGUAGCAUAUCUAAAUUUACUGGAAUUGGGCGGGGCGGGGGAGAGGGAAUAUCAUCUCAGGGUUUUGGAGGGGCUGCUGGCUGUCAUGCAGCACACUUCCUUGCUGAUAAAAGCAGUGUUUUAAAGGGUUUGUAGCAGCUAUCAACUUUUAAUUUAGGUAGACAUAAUUUCAGCUGUUGUUCUUAUUUAGAUACAUCUCCUCCCCGAAAUGUACAUUUUUUUCCAUAUUUGGGAUAGGUUAACCGGGAGGAGUAUAGGAUAGUCUCUUACAGGGGUAAUUCACUUGAGUAUUUGAGGCCUCCCCAACUCAAAGUAACGAUUAUUACACAAAUGGGAAUAAAUCUGUACAUUUUUUACAAGAACAGGGAAUUCUGCUUAAACAGUUUGCAUGUGGCCAAGGGACCAUUGGUGUGUGAGCUUUUUCAAAUGACCAAAGACGUGUUUUUUUGAAGGGUAAUCAUGGGCCCAAUGCAGCAGGUGGUUUGAACAGUGCUUUAGCUGCACAGCAUCUCACAUGAUGGUACUGGGUGCAUUUGGAGAACUCUUUACAGAAGGGGUGGAAGAGGAAUCACGCUUUUAAAAAGUUGUGGCAGAAUCUUUUGGGCCCACAGGAUGCAAACCUCUCACUUAAAUGACUGCCAAUAUUCUUGUAAGGGUGCAUUUAUUUUGCAAUCCUUUUGAUCUUCUGGAUGUUAACAGACUUGCUAGUCAGACCCCACUGAUGUCGAGGUUUAUUUUUCUGUAAGCGUGAUGUGGGGGGUGAGGUUGGCAAUCUCAAGAGUGAGAUGCGUGUCACCACCGUUUCCUUUCACCGAAGUCAGAUACCAAAUGUGAAUUUUCUUGUGGCCCAAAUUCUCUUCUAUCAACAAAAUCGGACUUGGCAACAAGAAGGCUCCAUCCCUUGAAUGAAGAUCAGUGCCACCUACUGUCAACAAAAAAACAUUCAGUUGCAUUGUAAUACAAGUAACUUUUAUUUCUCCCUUUCCUAGAAAGAUCAUCAAACUGGAAAAGCUGUCUUUCUAAAAUCAGUCUUAUACAAAUGGUCAAAUGGCUGGGAUAGUGUUGAAAUGUCAGAUGUUGACUGUUAGAUCGGUUGUGCUGGCCAAGGUCCACGGUCUUUGGUGGUGGGGUUAUUUCGGCCUUGUCUGCCUUUGGGGGGAACAGAAUUGGUGGCAUCUGAAAAACUUUUUGGCUGAAUUGCAGCAGCUGAUUCUGGGCUUCUGGCUCAUGUUUGCUUGAUAAGCAGACCCUCCCUCCCCGGAUUUCCUCUGGUUUUAAAAGGCCUCCCUGCCCACACUCUUUGUAUCCCUUUUUUUUCUCCACACCAUCUAUUCAGAUUCCUCUUGGCUUGUGGUCAGCAAAGUAUGGUACCACUGUGCAACACUGCUGUUCACUAAUUUUCACUGUUGUGAAAGUCUGAAUAAACACCUUU